GGACGGACUAAACCUGCGACUGUGAUUGCGUUGAAUAUUAGCUAUUAUCAGUGUAUCAUAGCCUAUAGGCUAGAAUUCCACCUCGUUCGAUUUGCGUGGAUGUGACUAGCGUUUUGGAUUUGAAAACGUCAACAACCUUGUCUGUAAGGGGGUUGGAAAUAGUUGUCAGAAAAAGUGACGUUCUUUUAGAUAAGGCGCGUCGACCGACAUUUUCUGUCAGGAUCAACAGUUUCACAUCUGGAUUUCACAUCAUGAAACGCUUGCUUUGUUUAUCGAUGGGUACACUUUUGCAAGGACAUUUGAACGUUCCGUUUUGAACAGACAUUUGACAUUGUAAAUUGCAACACAGAUGACCUGAAUGUUAAUGGAGUGGACCCCCUUUUGAUUCACAUAGGUUUUUCUGAGGAAGAGAAAGGUGACAGGGGCUUUCGCUGCUGGGAGUGGAAAUUGACAUGAUGUUUUGAGUGACGCAGGACCUCAGGUAUUCUGUUGUCACCAGGGGAUGUGAUCAUGACUCCGAGGCCCUAAUUCUCAGAAGUAUGUCAGGUAGGACAAUUUUUUAUUACAUAAGAACAGGGGUAGCAGUCUGACCCAGUGUUACAAUUUAACCCCUGUGCACAGAUGCCAAAUCUGGUCAGUCCUCACCCAUUUAUGCAGUGUUUUACUGAAGGCUUUAUCACAUGGAAAAUGAAGACACUUUACAAUUAACAAUACUAACUUACAGUACUUUAGUACAGUACUUCUAGCUUCACAAUUUAACCAGUGCAUCAAACAUGACACACGACUGAGCCACCCAUGAACACUUACACUACAGUAUGUGGAACGCCUGCAUUAAAGAAUACUGCGAACCUCUUGAAAGACACUCAGUUACAUUGUGAGUGGUAUAAAUUCAAACAAAGCAAGCCACAAUGAGCCACUAUGCUAACACUGCCCAAGGUACGUUAACAAUUAGCUUGUAUAGCUGUAUACACUUGUAUAGUACUGCGUAAUGUUAUGGCUGACUGCGCAACAUUGUGCUGAAGCAACAAUUCAUGCUGUUGUGCGGGUCUCUCAAUCAUCGUUAUAAAUUUCAGUUGAGACAUGCCAUACACCAUUGGAUGCCUAGAAGACCAUUGUGAGUCAAUUGAUUUAACAAAUGUGAGGCUUUCUUUUCAUAUUGCCUUCUAAGGUAAUACAAUAUUUAUUCAAGUUUUGUCUAAUCUUAAUAAGGAACCAUUUAAAUUUUUAUAGCAACUUGUCAUGUAUGAUCAGUAAAAAAUAUUACAUGCUAUUUAAAUCUCAAAUAUGUGCAUCUAUAUUCUGAAAUCAAGGCUUUAACAUAGGAAAUAGCAACAUAGUGAAUAAAUUAAAAUAAAUUGAUUGUCAGCAAUCACAGUUAGUUUUGACAGCGUGUAUUGCAUGAUAAUUCAUUGUGCUUUGCUGUUAUUUGUCAGGAACAACAGUUUUCAUGGCAGGAUAACCUGGAACCUGACAGUGAACUGAAAUUCCCUAACUGCUAUGCUGGCCCACUAACUGUAAACCUGAUAGUCUGCAGGACCCAUUGCCACCCGUGGUAUAUCCUAUGUGUAUGAAUUGCAGAGCUGGAUGAUGGGGGUUGUUUUGAUUUACCUUAAUUUAAGAAGGGGGGUUUAUAGUUUUUUGUUUUUCUUUUUAAUUUCAGAGCAAGCAGGACAAUGUAGCCCCAGAUGGAAAGAACAUGAGCUCAUGCAAGGGUACGUACCAAGUUAUUUGGAUAAGGAUGAGUUGUGUGUAGUGUGCAGUGACAAAGCCACCGGCUAUCACUACCGUUGUAUUACCUGUGAAGGGUGCAAGGGAUUUUUCCGACGGACAAUCCAGAAGAAUUUACAUCCGACGUACGCUUGUAAGUACGAAGGGAAGUGUGCCAUCGACAAGGUGACCAGGAACCAAUGCCAAGAAUGCCGCUUCAAAAAAUGCAUUGCAGUUGGCAUGGCAACAGACCUUGUGCUGGACGACAGCAAGCGUCUGGCCAAGAGGCGGCUGAUUGAGGAGAACAGGCAGCGGCGGCAGCGGCGGGAGGAGCUCCAGCGGACGGCGUGGAGGAAGCCGGAGCCCACGCCCGACGAGUGGGAGCUGAUCCGGGCAGUGACCGAGGCCCACGUGGCCACUAACGCUCAGGGCAACCACUGGAAGCAGAAACGCAAGUUCCUGAGUGGGCAGAAAGUAAGAGAAGCUGGAGACUCUGUUUUCCUCAGCACUGCAGCUUUAACUCACUGGAACAUCUUCCUUCCUCCUCAAAAUAGAGCAGUGGAGGUGAAGGAGUCCAAGGCAGAGGACAUCGGUCAAGCUCCAUUCGUCAAUGCGCCAGAUGGAAACAAAGUGGACUUAGAAGCCUUCAGUCAGUUUACAAAAAUUAUCACCCCAGCCAUCACCAGGGUGGUGGACUUUGCCAAAAAGCUGCCCAUGUUCUGUGAGUUACCAUGCGAGGACCAGAUUAUUCUUCUGAAAGGCUGCUGUAUGGAGAUCAUGUCACUGCGGGCGGCGGUGCGCUACGACCCAGAGAGCGAGACGCUCACACUGAACGGGGAAAUGGCUGUGACUCGGGGUCAGCUGAAGAACGGGGGGCUGGGCGUUGUGUCAGACGCCAUCUUUGAUCUGGGCGUGUCCCUGUCCUGCUUCAACCUGGAUGAUUCUGAGGUGGCUCUACUGCAGGCUGUCAUCCUCAUGUCCUCAGACCGUCCGGGCCUGACGAGCGUGGAACGGAUCGAACAGUGCCAGGAGGACUUCCUCCUGGCCUUCGAGCACUACAUCAACUAUCGCAAACACAAGGUGCCAUACUUCUGGCCCAAGCUGCUGAUGAAGGUGACGGACCUGCGCAUGAUUGGGGCGUGCCACGCCAGCCGCUUCCUGCACAUGAAGGUGGAGUGUCCCACCGAACUCUUCCCCCCGCUCUUCCUGGAAGUGUUUGAAGACUAAAGGGGGGCACGGACACAUCAAACUCUUUCAGCACUACUGAGUCAUUUCAUUCCAUUGAUUAGGUGUGGCUUCUUCCUAGUUUUGGAUGGAACUAUUCCUAAGAUGCGGGUACAUGUGAAUAGUUUUUUUUUCCCCCUUGUCUUUUUGUACAUCUGUAUACAUACAGUGUUUUUCAUGGUAACGAUGUGAUUGGUCGAUUUUUAUGGAGAUUUUUUUUUUUUUUUUUUUUUUUUUUUUGCGCCAGCGCUUACCUAGCAAUGAUAACUAGUUGACUUUGAAUUUAAGAAGUGCAUGCACUUUUUAUGUGAUAGUAUCUUCUUGGGUGAUUUGUCAGUUUUUACCAUACUUUUACAGUACUUCAUGUGAGCUGUGAGUGAGACUGUGUUUUAUGAAAAAAGUGCUUUCGGUGGGAUAAAGUGGCUCAUUCCAAAUGAUGUCGCCGUGUUUUGCGACCAACACGCCUGUACACAAAUCAGCGCCCUCAUGGAGUGACAGCACAUUUACCAGUACCCGCCACAACUGUGAUGCUGUAGUUUGUGCCAUCCGUGACAGCCAUGAACAGACUUUGUGCUUUUGAUUUUAUUAUUUCAUCAAAUGGACUCUCUACCAUUAAGUGCACAUAUUAGUAAGAAAAAAAUCUGUCUUGUUUUGUUAAAAAAAGGCACCUGUUUGGUGCCAAAAACCGUCUGCUAAAACUCUGCAUCAACCUGGUUACCACACACAUCAGAAACCUCACAACAGCCUUUGUGCAAUGUCGUUGCUGUGUGCUUUAUCCUUCAUUUUGAGAAGCACACUUAAGGGAAUGCUACCAUUUUCUCACCGGUGUUCAGAAAUAAACAAAUACACGAGUCAGAAACAAAAAAGGUGCCGAUCUUAAUGUGCUUUGCUAUGUGAAUCAGGGGGAUUCGUCAUCUCAUUUGGGAGCUGUUGUUUGUCCCUCUGUGUUCUGUGUAUACAAAAGACUGCAGAUUACUCACUUGCCAGACAAUCUUGAUGCAGUAGUUCUAUGUUAAUGUUCCACAUCUCUGAUUUUCUUGUGUCAUUUUCUAAAUGUGUAAGUUAUUACAAAUCAACUGAAGCAAUGCUUUUGCUAGGACUUGUUGGUGCUAAGAAUUGGCCAGUUCCAUGCUUCUGAUUCCUGGUUUCCCCGAUGCAAAAGGUCAUGUCUACAAUAGAAUUAUGAUCAGGAGAAGCAGGAAAUUAGACUGAGAGAGAGAGAGAGAGAGAGAGAAAGCAAGCAAGAGAGAGAGAGAGAGAGAGAAAGCAAGCAAGAGAGAGAGAGAGAGAGAGAGAGAGAGAGAGAGAGAGAGAGAGAAAUAGAGAGAGAACAUGAGACAUCAGCAGCUACAGUGUUAGGAAUCGGCCAAUAUUACAACUGUGUUAGCUUGUCUGAUAUUUUUAGUUUUAGCUGUCCGUUUUUUUUGGGAAAUUUGAGGAGUAAGACAGGAACGGUAGAUUUUUGUUGUAGUGCUUUGCUUUAUAUUGAAAAAAAAAAAAAAUGUUUUGUGUGAAACAGUUAUAUAAAAGCUUUCCUUAUCCUCAAAGCGGCUUCUGUUAUAUGCAAGUUGAUGCCUUUUUAUAAGCAAUAGCUUUGCAGCAAUGUUUGAAUGAUUGUGACUUCUCACGCUACAGCACAGAUUUAAUGUUAAUGCACAGACAAUCAAGCAAGUGGACUAGAGAGGGGUACCAGGGGGCUCACUUGCCUGAGGGAAAGGUGAACACAACAUGGAGUGGUGGGUCUUUGUACUCCUCACAUGUGGGGCAACUUGUUGAUCAAGGAAUGUUAUAUACUCUACAUGUUCUACUUUUUUACAAAAUUGUGGAUAUGAACUAGCAAAGCAGUGGAUAUGUUACGUACCAUAAAAAGCUAUUUUACAGUAUAAAGGAUAAAGGUUUGUAUAUUUUCAGAAUGCAGAGGUGCUCUGCCGAUAUUUUACUCAUAUACUGAACGUUUUAUCAUUUUGCGAACCUGAGAGAAGUCUUUUCUUGAAUUUAUAGCAAGAACGGUAUACUGUUGAGAGUUGUUCAUAUAAGAUUCACGAGUGACUGUUUCCUAUGAUACUUUCAAAUCAUUCCAAAAAAGGGAGUUUGAAGCAGCUGAUUUCCUGAGAGAUCAUCCUAGUCAAGCAAAAGCGUUUUAACUUUUUUAGCCAUUUUUUUUAAAUGCAGUACUAUAAUUAGGAAGUAAACAGCAAUGGCCAUUAUAUCACUGUGGUUAGGAAGAAACUAAAUGAACCUCGCUGGUAAAACUUUACAUUCUUUUAAAACAAUGGAUCUGAGCACAUGGCUCAGUACAGUUUUAAAAAUUAAUUUAAAUUUUUGUCAGUUCAUUACCUGUUUACUACUUGCUCAGUUUACCAUUUACUUUCAGAAACAUCAUAUUUCUAAUUAACCGGCAACAGUGUAUGCACUUUUUUAUGAUAGCAGUAUGGAGGCAUAUUCAGGGAACUAAGCUUGUAAUCAGAAGGUUUUGAAUCCCAUGUUGGACACUGUUGAAAGGUACUUAACCUGAGCUAUGUCCAUAAAUAUCCAACAAUGUAAAUGGAUAACAACAACAGUAAUGAUAAUAAUGGUAAGAAUAAUUAAAGGCCCUAAAAUAAACUCAUCAGUGACCUUUCUGAAAAGGCAUCUGUAUUCAAAACUUGUAUUUACAAGUAGUAAGCUCAAAACCAAAAGCGUCAAAUUAUAAAAUAGUACAUCCUCCCCUUGCUAUUGAUAGUAAUCUCAAUAUCUUAUUUUGUUCUAUUUUGUUUCAUCCUAGUGAGCAAUUACGUGCACAUUGAUAAAAUACAGACCAUAUCAAAACUAUGAGUAUGUUCUGAGUGAGAGGAUUUGACUGAGUUAUAUUGCGAAUAUUUCACUGAGUAAAUGGUAGUUUUGUACUAAACUGGAUGUUUUGCACAUGGCUGCACUAUCAGAGUAAGGUUUGAAAUUGCUUUGAUCUGGAUGUCCUGGUUGACAUGACUGUUUCUAAUGUUGCACUAAAGGAAGAUAAUGACAACAGGGAUGAUGAUAGUGAUGAUGAUGUUUCUUAUGAUGUCUGUGUUGUGUGAAUUGGCUCUGAAAAUAAAUAUGGAUUGGAAAACUCCCUGGAA